UCGUCAUUGUCGUUAUUCUUAUCUUAUAUAUCUUUUUUGCAUGAUUUGGAUUUUUAGCUUUUCGGUCUUGAUUCUUAAAAUUAAAAUUUUCUUAUUGUGAAACAAUUUGGAAUAAGAUGUCAGAAUUCUUACCAGAAGAACUCAUGUCUUUAAUCUCUUAAUUUCCCUGAAAAUCCCCAUGAUUUUCCUGCAAAGUCACCGUCUUAUGUCUCGAGGAGGAGCGUGUUUACUUCGUCUGGUUCUUCUUCUCUACGAGAGACAUUUAUGGGUUAUUCAGAGAUGGAUAAGGACAAAACCCCAAACCAUGGUGCAGGCCGUCCACCCCCUUCAGGCAUCUACCACGGGUUUUCUCCUCCUGGAAGCUCUUUUAAUGUAAAGCCUCAUCCUUUAGCUUCCUCUUCAUUCCAUCAAAUGGCGCCUGGUGGUAAUUCUGAUUUUGAUCGGUUAAGUCAUGAUAUUAGUGGAAUGCUCGACAACCCACUUGAGAAUUUGGGUCAUCGUCGUGCACAUUCAGAGAUACUCAGUCUCCCCGAUGAUCUUGGCUUCGAUAGUGGUCUUGGUGUAGUAGGCGGUGCUGAGCCCUUGUUGUCAGAUGAGACAGAGGAGGACUGGUUGUCCACGUUUCUUGACAUGGACACGGUCAAUUCAUCAUGUUUUACUUCUGGAAUUCAAAUAGGUGAAUCACCAGCUGCAGCAACAGGGCAGGUGCCACCUGUUGGAGCUGGAACUUCUUCAAUGGAGGCCUUUGCUGGUGGGUCUUGUGAAGGACCUAGAGUUAGGCACCAGCAUAGCCAAUCAAUGGAUGGAUCAAUGACAAUAAAGCCGAAGAUGCUCAUUUCCGGAUCAGAGGAACCUGCUGUGUUUGAGACUAGGAAAUUCCUGUCAGCAGAAAAGCUUGCUGAGCUUGCUCUUAUAGAUCCCAAACGUGCAAAGAGGAUUUCGGCAAAUCGGCAAUCAGCUGCAAGGUCGAAAGAAAGGAAAACACGUCACAUAGUUGAGCUUGAAAGGAAAUUGGAUACACUGCAAACAAAAGCAACCUCAUUAACGACUCAAUUGACUUUGUUGCAGAGAGAUACAAAUGGUUUAACUUCUGAAAUUGGUGAGCUAAAAUUGCGCCUGGAAACAAUGGAGCAGCAGGAGCACUUGCAUGAUGAAUUGAACGAUGCCCUGAAAGAAGAAAUGCAGCAUCUGAAGUUACUGACUGGCCAAGCUAUGGCAAACUUUGACUCAUAUGGAGCUGAUCAGCAAUUCCAUCCCAACAAGAAUGCUAUGCAUACUCUUUUAACCACAGACCAGCUUCAACAGCUUAAACUUCGUCCUCAAAAGCAGCAACAUCAACUUCAGCUUCUUCAGCCGUAUCAAAUGCAUCAGCUGCAGCAACAACAGAAAGCUGGGAACGUGAAAGUGAAAGGAUCCACACCUCCUCCAGGCCAGAAAGACAAAACAUCUGAUGCUUGAUUCUCCAGCCACAAAAAACUGAUAAAACAACUGGCCACCGUACCCCUGGUAUCAAGGGGUGACUUCUGUUCAAAAUCGCCGUUAGAAAUAUGGAAUUGCAUAGGACAUCUUUGCCUUUAUUAUAUUCCCCUAAACUUUUUUCUCUAUCAUUAUGUUUAGACUAUCUAUAUUACCUUUAUUUAUAUGCAGUUCCAUCUUUUAUUUUUUUUAAUUUUAUAGCUUUCCUGGUACUAAUGGUGACAUAGCACCUUUAUUGCAGUCCGUUAUGGUAUGUCUAUAUAACCUUUAUAUGA